ACCGUCGCUCUGAUAACACGAGGGUAAAGUCGCCACAAUGCCUGCACUCAAGUUUGUCCGAUCUGUCUGGGAGUCGUUCCGUGCCAACUCCGGCCUCGAGCCAAGGCUUCUGGAUGGUCUUCGCGUGACCUCGGCUACUCCUGGGCGCGUCAAGUUCGAGCUUGACAUCCAGAAGGAGCAUACUAAUCGACUGAACAUUCUUCAUGGAGGCACGAUAGCUAGCAUGGUGGACCUGGGUGGCUCGUUGGCCGUGGCAUCUCGCGGUCUCUUCGCUACUGGUGUCUCAACCGAUCUGAACGUCACCUACCUGGCAUCUGGUGGCAAGAUCGGUGAUCUAAUCAAAGCUGAGGUGACUUGCGAUAAGUUCGGCAAGACCCUGGCGUAUACAUCGAUCAACUUCAGCAACAACAAAGGAGAGGUGUUCGCACGAGGUAGUCAUACGAAAUAUGUUGCACGAGCAUGGGAAGACCCAAACAACAUCGUAGAAGAGCUGUCGCCCAAGAAGGCUGAGAAGAAGGGCUAGACUCGCAAUGCUACCUGUACCAUGUUGAUUGGUCUCACACGUGUGCCCGUGCAGUAUCAGUCGAAACCACCGU